AUGGAUAGCACGUACAGGCGAUUGGUUGGCUGCCGAGUUACCAGCCUUGUUCCCCAGCAAACUAUCCAUGGAUGUGCCAAAAUGGGUAUCGAGGAUUCCUUCACGUCAAUUGGCCAGCACCUUGGCCCGUGUGCACGUGAAUCUCGUCGACGUGUUAAACUCUUGGAACUCGGAUGCGACUCCCACUUGAUGCAACAAUAUGGAGGCUUUUGUAGGAUACAAAAAGGAAGACAAGAAGCCCGUCGAGGCAUCGAAAAGCAGCAGCAGGUCCUUCAGGCUUUGCUAUGCAAGCUGCUUGAAUGGUGCAAUGGGCUAUCUUUAGAGAAUUAG